AUGGGGCAAAAUCCCACGGAGUCCCAUGGAGUCCCAUCGAGAAUGAACAUGUUCAUUCUUUCCAUGGGGCAUCGUGGGAUUUUCGGUCAUAUGACGUGUUGUGCGAAGCCCGACAUACACCAAUGGGGCACGGUGGGAUUUGAUGGGACUCCAUGGGGCUUGAUGGGACUCCAUGGGGCACGAUGGGGCAAAGUCAUCAAGGUCCAAUGGGACUUCGUGGGAUUCGAUGGGGCAAAUUGGGAUUCGAUGGGGCAAGAUGAGACUCGAUGGGGCAAGUGGGAUUUUGCCCCAUUGGUGUAUACCGGGCUUAAAUUUGAUGGAGAAUGGGGCUGGUGGGGCACAUGGGGUAGCUGCUCAGCCUCCUGCCUAGGGGGCACUCAGAUACGCACACGUAUGUGUGAUAGUCCUGCUACUGCCAACGGAGGAAUCCCCUGUGCAGGAGACAGUAUUGAGGAUCAGAGCUGCAACGACUUCCCUUGCCCAGCUAUUGACGGGGAAUGGGGACCAUGGGCUUUUAUAAGCAAAUGUACUAAGACAUGUGACAGUGGAUUCCGAAAGAGGGAAAGAUUCUGUGACAACCCGCCUCCCCAGAACCACGGUCUCAUUUGUCCAGGUGGACUUGAGGAGGACAGGACGAGAGCCGUUGAAGUUGUUGCAUGUAAUUUUAGACCAUGUCCAGUCCAUGGUAAAUGGUCCAGCUGGACAGCAUUUAGUGAAUGCUCACUAACUUGUGGGAUGGGUCUACGUACCAGAACAAGAGUCUGUGAUGAAAUAGUGCCGGCUCAUGACGGGUAUGACUGCUUUGGAUCAAGUAUAGAUACUGUGCCAUGUGAAUUAAAUAAAUGUGCAGUCGUGAAUGGUAACUGGGGACCAUGGCAGGAAUGGACCAAGUGCUCCACUACAUGUGGAAAAGGCGCUCAGAGUAGAAUCAGAUCAUGCGACAAUCCCUCUCCUGCUAAUGGAGGUUCAUUCUGUCCUAAGUUGAACACUCAAUCAAGGCCCUGCACGCUGGAAGAUUGUGUAGUUGAUGAACCAGAUGUGGAUGGAGGCUGGACUGAAUGGCCAAAGUUCACAGAUUGUUCUCAGACCUGUGGUCCAGGCCAGAAAAUUCGAGUGCGCAUGUGUAGCAAUCCACCUACUUCCGGCAAUGGGAAACCAUGUGACAAAUUCUCAAAUUCACAAUCUCAAGUCAUGCUCUGCAAUGAAGGAGGUUGUCCAGUUGAUGGCCAAUGGUCCGAAUGGUCUACAGGCGAGUGCAGCGUGAGCUGUGGGUUAGGGGAACAAUCUCGGGUGCGUAGGUGUGACAAUCCACCUCCGGAGUUUAACGGAGCGAAGUGUCUUGGCGCAAGUGCAAUUUCAAACAUUGAAACUGAAAAGAUUAAGUGUUACAAAGGGACUUGCCCGGACGGAUCUGGUGCAAUAUAUGUAAACGACUAUCCUGAUUUGGUCGACACUUCUACCGAACUGUUCACUACAACUACAGAUAUUAUUGCAAUUGGCUCCACACUUGCAAUGGUGAAUAAGACUACAACAACUGGACCUAUAGGUGGCAAUAUGGCAAUUAAUGGCAGCGGAGAAUGGGAUGGAGGCACUAUGCCCAAUGUCAUUGAAAAGUGUCCUCUAUUUGUGACUAACAGAACUAUAUGGUUGCCAACAGAGAUAUGGGAAGAGUCGGAACAGAAUUGCUUGGAGGGUUUUAUUGGUACCAUUAAAAGGCGUUGUUUGCCAGGUGGAGUUUGGGGAAACUUGGAUAUAUCUAACUGCAAAUCACCCCAAAUGGUUCAACUUGAAGCUCAGAUUGCGUUUUUGGGGAGAGAUGACCAAAUAAGGGCUAGUGUCUUGGAUGAUUUCAAAACCCUCUGUGACACAAGAAACAUUUUCAGUAUAGAAGAAGUUCUACAAUGCAAGAUCAUAUUUAAUAUGUUGGUUAACCUAGAUUUUCUCGGAUUAGAAGAAGUUGCAACUCCGGCGAAAAAAGAAUUUGUACUAGAUGUCCUGCGAGGCUUGAAUUCCAUGCUCGACCCGGACCACAAGCAACUGUGGAUAGAAAUAGUAAAGGAGGAACAGUACGAGAAUUCGAACAGUCUAGCAGAUAUCCUCGAGACCAUGGAGAGACUGGGUUCCCAAGUUGUCUCACUCCUUAAAAAAGAUGAAAAUGAACUAGAACUUUGUAAAGGUCAACGUUAUAUUAAUUUUUGCGUGCAACUUACACCAAGAUGUCCGACAACAAAUGUCCAAUACCCUAAAGAAUCCCAAACUGCGAUAGUUUACAACAAGCACCUUCGAGGGGAUUUAGCCUAUCAAGAUCCCCGUAUUUCCCAUGGAAUAAUACCCAAAGAGAUACUUCAGCACUACCGAUGCCCAAAAAGUGCAACAGACCUGUAUAGAGAUAUGAGGGGACUCAUCACUAUCUCGUACACAAGCCUCGAUGAGAUCAUGCCCAAUGAAAAUAAAGAAGCCAUAUCAGAUAAACCAAUCACAAACAGUGAUACAGGAGCUGCUCCUAGGGCUGUUAACUCGGAGGUGUUCACAAUAAAGUUGGACCCACCAGCGUCAGUUCCUUUAGAAAAACCAGUGACCAUUAAACUUUAUCAGUCGAAGACAUCAGUGGAUCCUAAAUGUGUUUACAUUGAUACGACAAGUAAAUCCAAUCUGUAUCAAAGUGAUGGAUGUCGAAUUAAAGUUAGCACAAAUGACUACAUUAUCUGUGAGUGUAACCACUUGACAAGUUUCACAGUACUCAUGGAUACAACAAGGGAGCCAUCGGACAGAGUACCAUAUCACAACCCUGCUGCUAUUAUUGGGGGAUUAAUUCAACUUGUAUCCAUAAUUAUAGCAAUUGUUAUGUACUGUAUUCUAAGAAUGUUCUGGGAAGACAAGUAUUUUGCAUUGAUGAACAUCUAUGGUGCGGCAUUUGUUGCUACAUUAACAUAUAUGGCAGGAUGGACAGCUGUUAGUGAUCAGAUUGGCUGUAUAUUUGUAGCAGCGUUGAUGCAAUAUUUAUUCUUGGUGACAAUCGUGUGGACACUUUGUUUAAUUGUUAUUUUAUACAAACAGGCUUUUGAGGAAUGCAAACCCAUCGGUCGGAGAAAGAGAAUCGUUUAUGCAAUAUUUUGUUGGGGUAUUCCACUGUUUGUAUCAGCAGUCUCAGUUGGUAUAGGGUUCGAGCAGUACAUGGACAUGCAGAAUUUGGUAUGCUGGCUGACCCAUACCGAAAUGGUCAGUCUAGGAUGGUUUAUUCCACUGGGUGUGUUUACAUUGGUGUGUGUAAUAGUUUGGGCAAAGGGCUUUAGUUAUAUGGGAACCCAGAUGGUUGACACAAAUGACGCUGAUAGAGAAAUGGAAUUCGAAGCAAAACGGGGGUAUAUGAAGCGAGUACUUGCACUUCUGAUCGCAUUAUGUAUCGCAUGGAAUGUGGAUGUAUACGAAUCUGCAUAUGUCGCAUUAGGAGGAAACGUACUUCUCUCCUUUAUCAUCCUAUUCCCGCUGUGUUUCCUUGACGAGGACAUCAUUGCUGAACGCAGACGUAGGAAGGCCGAGGCGGAGGACGAAGAAAAGAGACGCAACACCAAGAAUCCUGACUGGACGCUACAAACCCUAAAUAUACACGAUAGAGAGUUUACACCUGAACCACAAGAGACAAACGAAACGUGGAUGGGAUCAGAGACUAAAGGAAAGAUGCCUGCAUACGUCCCAUUUGAUGAUGCCUCUUGAUUUAUUGUUGAACAACACUUGUUGGGUUUACACUAGAGCCCUAAGACGUC